AUGAAGCUCGUGCGUCUGGUGCAGAAUUGCAGACUGAGUGAGGUGCUGCCCCUGGCGUGCUCCAGGGUUGCGGGGGUGCUGCACCUGUACUGUGACACUUGCUCGGUGCCCAUCUGUCGUGAGUGCACGAUGGGCAGGCAUGGGGGCCACAGCUUCAUCUACCUCCAGGAGGCGCUGCAGGACUCGCGGGCACUUACCAUCCAGCUGCUGGCCGAUGCGCAGCAGGGCCGCCAGGCAAUCCAGCUGAGCAUCGAGCAGGCCCAGACGGUGGCGGAGCAGGUGGAGAUGAAGGCAAAGGUGGUACAGUCGGAGGUCAAAGCCGUGACGGCAAGGCACAAGAAGGCCCUGGAGGAGCGGGAGUGCGAGCUGCUGUGGAAGGUGGAGAAGAUCCGCCAGGUGAAAGCCAAGUCCCUGUACCUGCAGGUGGAGAAGCUGCGGCAAAGCCUCAGCAAGCUCGAGAGCACCAUCAGUGCCGUCCAGCAGGUCCUGGAAGAGGGUCGGGCACUGGAUGUCCUGCUGGCCCGGGACCGCAUGCUGGCCCAGGUGCAGGAGCUGAAGACCGUGCGCAGCUUCCUGCAGCCCCAGGAAGACGACCGCGUCAUGUUCACGCCCCCCGACCAGGCCCUGUACCUCGCCAUCAAGUCUUUCGGCUUUGUCAGCAGCGGGGCCUUUGCACCUCUCACCAAAGCCACGGGCGACGGCCUCAAGCGGGCCCUCCAGGGUAAGAUGGCCUCCUUUACCGUUAUUGGCUAUGACCACGAUGGGGAGCCUCGCCUCUCAGGGGGCGACCUGAUGUCAGCCGUGGUCCUGGGCCCUGACGGCAACCUGUUUGGUGCCGAGGUGAGUGACCAGCAGAACGGGACGUACGUGGUGAGCUACCGGCCGCAGCUGGAGGGCGAGCACCUGGUGUCGGUCACCAUGUGCAACCAGCACAUUGAGAACAGUCCCUUCAAGGUGGUGGUCAAGUCGGGCCGCAGCUACGCGGGCAUCGGGCUCCCGGGCCUGAGCUUCGGCAGCGAGGGCGACGGUGACGGCAAGCUGUGCCGCCCGUGGGGUGUGAGUGUGGACAAGGAGGGCUACAUCGUCGUGGCCGACCGCAGCAACAACCGCAUCCAGGUGUUCAAGCCGUGUGGCGCCUUCCACCACAAAUUCGGCACCCUGGGCUCCCGGCCCGGGCAGUUCGACCGGCCGGCCGGCGUGGCCUGCGACGCCUCUCGCAGGAUUGUGGUGGCCGACAAGGACAAUCAUCGCAUCCAGGUCUUCACGUUCGAGGGCCAGUUCCUGCUCAAGUUUGGUGAGAAGGGAACCAAAAACGGGCAGUUCAACUACCCCUGGGACGUGGCGGUGAACUCUGAGGGCAAGAUCCUGGUCUCUGACACCCGCAACCACCGGAUCCAGCUGUUCGGGCCCGAUGGCGUCUUCCUGAAUAAGUACGGCUUCGAGGGGGCUCUCUGGAAGCACUUUGACUCCCCCCGGGGCGUGGCCUUCAACCCGGAGGGCCACUUGGUGGUCACCGACUUCAACAACCACCGGCUCCUGGUUAUCCACCCCGACUGCCAGUCUGCGCGCUUCCUGGGCUCCGAGGGCACUGGCAAUGGGCAGUUCCUGCGCCCACAGGGAGUGGCCGUGGACCAGGAGGGGCGCAUCAUCGUGGCCGACUCCAGGAACCACCGGGUGCAGAUGUUCGAGUCCAACGGCAGCUUCCUGUGCAAGUUUGGCGCCCAAGGCAGUGGCUUUGGGCAGAUGGACCGCCCGUCUGGCAUCGCGGUGACCCCCGACGGGAUGAUCGUGGUGGUGGACUUCGGCAACAAUCGGAUCCUCAUCUUCUAAUCACGUUCUCUAGGCUUCCGUGUUUGGGCUGUGCGUGCGUCUCUCUCUCUCUCUCUCCUUUUGAAUUUCAAAGAAGAAACAGUCUCAGGGAAAUUUCUUUUUUUCUUUUGUUUAAAGAGAACAAGAAGAGUAUAACAUUGCUUAAGUCCUACCUCAUCUUUAUUUUUUUACAGAUGAAUGUACUUACCUUUUCUGCAGGGAUUGAGCCUGUGACGUGAUAAUUUCUAUCUACCUCAUAAAUCUUUACAUUUCCUUCUCCAGCAGGCCCUCUGCCCUCCUCCCCACCCUCACUCAGUGGAGUUCACGUUCCCCUCUGACCCUUUGUGGGGCGUGAUAUGCACAAGCCUGGCAUCUCUGUGGCUGGGGGGGCACUGGAUGUGCGGUGGGGUGUAUUCUGUAGAUUGAGCCAA